AUGGCUGACAAAUCCAACGUUAACAACGUCCCUAUGCAGGGCAAAGGCGCCUACAGCUCUCACUCAGCACUGCAGCAUGAGGCUAUGCUCAAAGCCCUCCCACUCGUCCAGAGAGCCGCCAAGACAAUGACGAAGAGUGAAUCUUCUCGUGUAGCCAUUGUAGAAUAUGGAUCUGCCCAUGGGAAUAACUCCCUGGAGCCGAUGGAGGCCAUCUUGGAGUUGAUGCCGUCCCGCUCGGUGGAACUACUGUUCAGUGACCGUCCUGAGAAUGACUUUGCCACUCUAUCCGAGACCAUCACUACCUGGGAAGAGAAGCUCGAUAAGGAGAAGUUUCCCCAACUGCUGUUCCCCAGCAUGAUACCUCGCAGUUUUUAUCAGGCGGUCAUUCCACCACAGUCUGCACACCUCGGCUUCUCUCUUGCUGCUCUUCACCACCUCGACCACGUUCCUAAUCCCGGCAACGACCAGUUGGAUGAGAACAAACUCCUUCAGCGGCAAGCCCACACCGAUCUCUCCAAGUUCUUGCAACUUCGCUCGCAGGAGAUUGUUUCGGGCGGUUCACUCGUCCUCUCGUUUGUCAGCCAAGCAUCCGCUGGGUAUGAGAAUUAUCAUGGCCCUGUCGACGCGUGCCGCAAUGCCAUGAUCCAGAUGGUUCAGCAGGGAAAAAUCCCAGUUUCCGUGGCAGAAUCAUUCAGAGUGCCUACCUACAACCGGACUUUAGACGAUGUCAAGAAGGUUUUGAACGAGAACACCGAAACAUGGGCGGUUCACAGCCUGUUUGAAGACGACAUCACGCAUCCGGCUAAUCACGACCUGAGAAGCAACCUUACUGCCGAUGAGGAGGCUAGUCGCCAAUAUGCGAAUGUAGUCAUUGAUUGGAUGAUGGCUGUUUGCUCUGGAUACUUCACCAAAGCUCUCAAGUUGGGAUCUCAGGGAAGUUAUACCGAAGUCGAGGAGAAUGCUCUGCUGCAGGAUUGGGUUAGUAGGACCAAGGAGUUCUUUGUUCGCGAUCACAAAGAUGAGAAGGUUGUUUGUUCAUUUAUCUAUGUCUAUCUACAAAGGGUCUAG